CACCCAAGGCUCCACGGGAGAAAUGAGCAGACCAAAUAACCUGCAAAGGAUAGCUCAAAAGAAAACUCAAGUUAGGAAGUAUCCGAGGAACAAAAAGUUGGAAAAAUUAGCAGUGUAUUCGUCGUGCAAAUCUGAUGGAUGUAAGUGCAAUGGCUGGAAGAACCCUAACCCCCCUCCCAAUCCCCCACAAGUGGACUUGUCCCAGCCCCUGGCCAGCCUGACUGAUCCCUGUCGCAGCUGUGGACACACUCUAGGUGCACAUGUGUCUCACCUGGAGAAUGAGGCAGAGGAGGAGUUGAACUGGCUACUGAAGAUCGUGGUGGAUGUGGAGAACCUGUUCAUGUGUGUGCACAAGGAGGAGGACCCAGAAACCAAACAGGUCUACUUCUGUCUGUUCAAGUUAUUAAGAAAAUGUAUCCUGAACAUGAGUAAGCCAACCAUAGAAGGACAGUUAGGGAGCCCACCGUUUGAAAAGCCAAGUAUUGCAAAGGGAGUGACGAACUUUGUGCUGUACAAGUUUGGUCACCUGGCUGAAAAGGAAUGGAGAACGAUGUACGACCUGGCUAAGAUGUUUCUGCAUUGUCUGAACCAUUGGAAGCUGGAGACGCCCACCAGUCGCAAACAGAACGCACAAACGGAUGACUUCACCGCUUACCAGCUGAACUAUACCAGGUGGCUGUGCUACUGCCAUGUGCCAGCGUUCUGCGACAGUCUACAACGCUAUGAAACUACGCUAAUCUUCGGAAGGACACUCUUGAGGUCUGUUUUCCAGACCAUGAGGAGACAACUCUUGGACAAGUUUCGAGCCGAGAAGGAAAAAAUGCCUCCUGAGAAAAGGACUUUGGUUUUGAAUCAUUUUCCGAGGUUUUUGUCCAUGUUGGAAGAAGAAGUUUAUGGAGCCAACUCGCCCAUCUGGGACCCAGACUAUUCCCAGAACCCUGCCAACAUACCUAUCACCUCACCCCCCACGACUCCACCUGCCCCAACAGGUGCUAGUGGUUUUAACAAGUUUAUCAGUGCCUCCCUGGGGACUAACAGCAGCCCUAGCGACACAGUGACUAUCAACGUCAGCCCAGGGCUGAUUGGCAAUCAUCGUCAGUCCAAGAGUCAGGAUACAGGCACCCUGGAAAAUGUGAUGUUUGUGCGUGGAAAAGCCAUGAAAAAGGCAUUGAAAUCUGACAUUUUUGAAACGUAUGAACUUGGAGCCAGUAACAAACGUUUCCGAGAAGAAACGCAGACGGCAGAGGAUUCCAAGCGGAAGAAGGUGGAAGGGGAUGUGAGUGCGGAGCUCGUGAGUGAAACUGUGGCCACCAUCAGUGACCCGGACAAAAUGGUUGGCCCUGAUGUAAGUUUUCUUUAA